CAUGGCUUCAAAGUAAAUAUGCAACGUCUCGUACGGCUGCUGAUCAGCUGUCCCAAAACUAACUAGUGUAUAAUGUUGUAGGUGGUACUUCCUUGACCAGUCUGAAUCUGAUUACUUGUCAUCUUCCGGUUGGGAAAGGACAGACCCUAGCCGUCCGGUAUCAGAUGCCAGCAAUUCGUCGGCCGUGGGAGCGCUCACUGAGGAACUUUACACUACUGACACUGAUGCUAAUAAUUCGGAAUAUCCGAGCGCCCUCUCCCGGGCCGGGUCAUCGUCUUCUUCGUCAAUGUUGUCUGAGGACGAGAAUCAAGGAGCGUCUCCUACCCCCGGUCCGAGCGCUGAUAAAACAGAGCUUGAGAUCCUGCCGCAUACUCUCACCGCGAAGCGACGCCGCCAAGCUGCUGAUACCGAAGUGGCGGAUUUCCGGAACAUUGUCAUAUCUAUCGCAAACGAAGCUUUUGAAGACACGACACGCCUUGCGACAGGUGAGCCAGAACGAUUAGGUUUGAGAUCAUCUACUACCGAAAGGCUUGCUCUCUGGCCCUUACCGCCCCGCUGUGUUCCCCGAUUACGGUCAUUCGUUGAUUUUGAUGAUGUUGAUAUCGAAUCGCCCCCUUUUGACUCUGAAAACAAUGGUCUUCCCAACUUAUUUCAAUCAAAUGGCAUCCAGCAUGGCUCAACAGAGCCUUCAAAUUUGGCCCAUCAAAUCAACAACGGAGAAGAGGCACUUGACGGGGAACUACAAGUUCUAGCAAACGAGCUUUGGUAUUCCGAAUGGUUAAGAGAAUGCAAGGUACAAAACCGAUCAUCUUCUCCUGUAUCCAGCUCAUCCGAUGGUCAUCCGGUCUGCCCUCGGCUUGGACAGCUACACAAGCAGUUGUUGCGGAAGGAAACCGCCGGCAUGAUACUACAGGUCUUACGAAUGGUAGCUCAAGUCCGCGCAGUCAACCUGGAAGGAAAACAAUUCAAACGUCGACCUGCGCUUUCUGAUUGGGAGAGUGUGCUAAAUGCUGCCGCGAUUUGCAAAGUUCCUGACUCGGUACUAGCAAAUGCUCGACGCAGACUGGAGCGCUUAUAUCAACCAAAAAUACGGAAAGUGCCGCGAAAACGAAGACGGACGCAUAAAUGUCUGGAUGUGCAUGAUCAACUCGAUGUCCUUGAAUCAGAAGAAAAGCUGCAAACCAACAACGACGAGCACAUCCGCGAGGGAGAAGAGGAACCUGGCAAUGAUGUGCGGAUUCGCCGGAAAGGAAUUCGGGGACCCCUACCUCCUCCAGGUCAUGCCUUAUUUUCGAAUCCGGUGUUGAGCUGGGCAGAAUUCCGACAGAUCAAAACGCCACGCGUUCAUGUAAGACCAGUCAUCAAAAAAGAGAAGGAGAUACAACUGAGUGAGGAGUUUGUAAAUAGUAGUGAGGAUGAGGAUGAUGAUGGAGGUACGGGGAUGCCUGAGGUGAAAUCAGAACCUGUAUAGUAGACGACACGAGACCAUAAUAGAACACAGCGGAUAUAAUCAUAUUGAACCGUCAUUGUGGGACGUCCUUAGAUCCUAAUAAAGUAUCAGACAAACAGAUGCACAUACUUGUGAA